AUGUCUGUAACCAAGUCUAUUUUAUUACAAGCGUUGCAAGAAUACGACCCGAACUACGCUUAUGAACUCAAAUGGAAAAGGAUUGAGAAGGGCGAUAACAAAUAUGAACUCCAAAUCACGGCUGUACCUUCGCAUAGAGGCGAAGACAAAAUUGUACACAAGUAUGAAGGUAAGAGCCAGUCAAGUCUCAAGUCAGACGCGAUAGCCAAAUGGAAGGAAGAAAGUGACGUCAAAGCGAAGAAGGAGGAAACCAGAAAACCUAAGAAGGGAGACAGUCACAAAAGACAUGGCGAAGUGAUCGAAUCGCAAACCGCAGACGGUGAGGCCGUGAAGGAAGAGCGGGAUAAGCAUGGGGGAGGUCCAAGGAAGCGCAGAUUUGAAGAAGAUGAAAAAGAAGUGAAACCUAAACAUAAAAAGGUCAAGGAAGGUGAUAAGUCUGGCAGAGGAUCCGAAAAGCCUCCAGUGGCGGACGCAGACAAUAAGGUCGACGAUCCUGACGCUCACGCGAAUGGAGAAGAAGCAGGCAAGAGACGCCGCGAACGUCACUAUGAUAAGCAGGUUCGAGAGGAAUCUGACGCAUUUAUUGACGAUGCAGAUCCACGAACGCCUCGUUACAAAGACUUCAUUUCAGCGUAA